AGUUACACGUUAGCAAGUACAUACACGAGACAGUCGCCCGGUAGAAGUAACAUAUCAUAACGUAUUAGUGUCAACAAAAUAUAUAUUUUAUUAUACACUUUAAGUUAGAAUAAAACUAAACGACAACAUGGUAACGGAUCUUAAGCUUCCGAUGGGAUCCCGAUGCAUCAAGUACCUCUUAUUUAUAUUCAACUUUAUUUUUGUUAUAACCGGAAUAAUUCUUUUAUCUAUUGGAGCUACAAUUCGUACUAUUUAUAGUAAUUAUAAUCACUUCUUGGAUGAUAAAUUUUUCUCCGUACCAUCACUUCUAAUAGUUAUAGGAACCAUUAUUUUUUUCAUUGCCUUUUUUGGCUGCUGUGGCGCUGUGAGAGAAAAUUAUUGUAUGAUAGUUACGUUUUCAGCAUUAAUGAUACUUGUCUUUAUUUUGGAAUUAUCUGGUGGUAUUUCUGGUUACGUUCUUCGAAACAAUGCAGCUGAUAUGAUUCAAAAAAAAAUGAUAAAUACUAUGGAUGAGUAUAAAAAAAAUGAUACUGAAAUUAUGAAAAUAUGGGACAAUCUGCAAAGAACAUUUGAGUGUUGUGGCGCGACAGGACCAAAUGAUUGGAUUAAAACUGGAGAAGUACCAGUAAGUUGCUGUCCUGAUGUCCCCGGUCAAAUGGGUACCUUUUCUUGUAACAAUUCAACAAAAGAUUUAUUCCGAACUGGAUGUGUGGAAAAAUUCGGUUCUUUUAUUAAGAAUCAUACGAUUCAACUCGGUGGAGCUGGAUUGGGUAUUGCAUUUGUUCAACUAACAGGUGUGAUGAUAAUAUCCGUUGGUAUGACAAUAUACACGGUCUACGAUGAUUUCAGACAUUUUUUAGAUCCGAGGUAUUCAUCACCAGCAAUGAUUCUCAUCUUCGUAGGUGGUUUAAUUUUUAUUAUAGCUUUCUUCGGUUGUUAUGGAGCGAUCAAAGAAAGUACUUGCAUGGUUCUAACAUUUGCAGUUUCGUUAUCUCUUGUACUGAUUCUUGAGAUUUCGGCGGCAAUGGCAGCAUAUGCUCUUCGAAGUAGCAUCAAGAGUCUUUUAGCAAAUAAUAUUAACUCAACUAUGCAACUGUACGAAAUAUCUGAUGAAGCAACAGCUGCUGUUGAUUUUAUGCAAUCACAUCUCCAAUGUUGUGGAAGUUAUGAUAAAUCUGAUUGGGAACGUAUUGAAUUAAUGGAGACAAAAGCCAGUAUUUAUCCUGAAUCAUGUUACACGUGGAUGUCAAGUUUUCAAAAUCCUAGGUUCCAUGGUGUAUUGUAUGAAGAAGGAUGUAUACAACGGCUUUCAAUGAUUAUCAAUCAGAGUGCAAUUAGUCUAGGUACCGGUGCUCUUGCUAUCGUGCUUAUACAAAUUACUGGUAUUAUGUUUGCUUGUACUUUGGGACGCGCAAUAAGAAGACAAAAAACGGAAAGAGAAAGACGACGAUGGGAAUUGAGAGAAAAAUUAGUAAACGGUUAUCAGCCUUUAGGUAAAAUUGAUUCUUCUGUUGUAUCUCCAGUUAUCUACAUGCAAUCAGAAUCAGUAAAAGACGUCGGUGCCAGCUAGGUUGGUAAUGAAGAUUAUUGAAGAAAUUUAUAUAUACAUACAUUUAUUUACCAAAUAUUGUUAAAUUAGAAUUCUUAUUACAUAAAUUAAAAAUAAUUUAACUUAUAAUAAAUUUUGUUAUGUGAAAAAACAAUAUAAACUCAA